AUGAGGACAGCAAAGAAAGGAAGCAUGGAGAUGCCUGCCUUUGUUCGUCAGCUCGUAAAAGAGACAGAGAAACGGGUUUCCUCCUUCUUUAAAGGGGGUCGUGGGGGAGGUGGAGGGGGAGAAUUGGCAGAGGCAGAGCAGGCAGGCAGAGCAGAGGAGGAUGGGAUCAUUCCCAGUCCUUACCUGGAGCGACCUGUCCUAGACAAGCAGCUGGAGGAGGGUUGUGCCUCAUGGGGUCUGACUUAUGCCUUGGGCAGCAUGCAGGGCUGGCGGGCCCACAUGGAAGAUUUUCACAACUGUUUCCCACAGCUGGGUGGGGAACUGAGCGACUGGGCUUUCUUUGCAGUGUAUGAUGGUCAUGCAGGAAGCAUGGUUGCUCAGCAUUGCUCCCAAAACCUUUUGGAACAUAUCAUGGGCACAGGGAAGAUUCAUGCAGACGACGAGGUGGAGCAAGUCUGUGAGGGCAUCAGGGAAGGUUUUCUCCUCAUGGACAAACAUUUGCAUACCAUGGCCUGCCGUGAAGGCUGGGAGAGAGGCGGCACCACAGUGGUCGCCAUGGUAAUCACACCACGCCACAUUUACUUUGUGAACUGUGGGGACUCGCGAGCUGUUCUGAGUCGUGGUGGACGUGUGGGUUUCUCCACUGAAGAUCACAAACCGUUCAGCCCUGGGGAGCGAGAGCGCAUUGAGAGUGCCGGCGGCUCGGUCAUGCUGCAGCGUGUAAACGGCUCUCUGGCCGUCUCCCGCGCUCUUGGUGACUUCAGCUACAAGGCUGUGCAAUGGCGACCAGCCACAGAGCAAAUGGUUUCACCUGAGCCUGAGGUCACAGCUGUAGAGCGCUCACCUGCAGAUGAGUUCUUAGUGUUAGCCUGCGAUGGAGUUUGGGACAUGGUUAGCAACGAGGAGCUGUGUGCAUUUGUACGCAGCCGCUUGCGCAUUUGUACCAGCUUAGGGGAAGUGUGUUCUCAAGUCAUCGACCUUUGCCUCUACAAGGGAAGCCUUGACAACAUAAGCGUCAUCUUGGUGUGCUUCCCUGGUGCCCCCCAGCUGUCACCUGAAGCACUACACCAGGAGGCAGCGCUGGAGGACCUACUGCAGUCCAAGGUUGCAGAGAUAUUCAAGGAGCUGUGUGCCAGAGGGGAUGAGCCUGACUUGCUGGCAGUCUUGACAGUCUUGGCCUCAACUGUAAUACCAGGCCUGCCACCAGGGGGAGGUCUUCAGAGCAAGUGA